AUGUCGUUCAAGAAGACCUUCGAGAGACACCUCAACAAAGAGCUUGAAGACAACCAAGACAACGCUCUUUACCCACCACAACUCUCGCCCAAGGACCUCGAGUCUCAAUCUCCACCACCUCCUCCACCUCAGCUCCCUCCUCAAGUCUUUCCCAGCUACCCAGAGAGAAGAGGAGGCAUGAAUAUCCCAACACCCAUCUUCAUCCUUCUCAUCCUGGUCCUGCUCUUCGAGUCCUGCAUCAUCUUCGUCUACACAGUUGUCGCCCUCUGGAAUACUCUUCCCAUGCCAAUGCCUAUGCCUAUGCAUCUCGAGCAACCUCAACCCCUCAUCAUCUCUCCUCAGUGGCAGAUCCCGGCCGCUGCUUCCGCUCAAACAAUUACUGAAACUGUCUCUACAACCAUUUUCUCAACAAUCACCGCAAGCACAACACUCUCUGCAUCUACAACUACGCUCUCUGCUUCUACAGCCACAACCACACUCUCUGCUUCUACAACCACGCUGUCUGCAUCCCCGACUACGAUUCCUCCUGUUACCGUAACAAAGCCUGUACCUACGAUCACCGUGUUGAGCACUGUGAGUGCUCCUCAAUUGCCGUCCAUCACCACAGAAACUAUUCUAUCAACCACGAGUUUGGGCAGCAGUAGUACGGUGACAAGCACCGCUAUCGUUACAGCCAGUGCCGUUUAG